AUGGCCAAACGUGGAGUUUGGCUCGUAAAGGUACCUCGCUAUCUGUCGGAUUUAUGGGAAGCUAAUGCUGGUACUGAUGUCGGUCGGUUAGUAAUACAUCAGGGUGUUAAUGGAAAGGGUGAUGUGAAAUUAAAGUCACGUCCUGGCCUUAUUCUACCACAAUCCGUUACAUCUACUAUAAAAGGACCCGCGCAAAUCCCUGACGAGCACUCAUUUAUUCUUGGAGAUGUUCUUAAUCAAACAAUGGCUGUGUUAGCAGAGGAUAAAACUGGUUUCAACGAAGACGCAGACGUGAGUUAUUUGAAAAUGAAAAUAGCCCAAAUUUCUAACAGUGGGCAGCCUAAAAAGCAGGUCAUGCAGAUGGAAAAGGCUGCUGUCAAAUUCAAACCUGUCGCUGCACAUGCUGAAGAUAUGAUGCGCAUUAAACAGAAGAAAGAGGGUGCUAAAACAGUACGAGCUGAUCGUAAUGUGCUCAUGCAAGCAUUAUUCCAUGCAUUUGAAAAACAUCAGUAUUACAGACUGCAAGAUCUGCAGCAAUUAACUCAACAGCCUGCUGGAUAUGUAAAGGAAUUGCUUACUGAGAUAGCUGUGUAUAACACGGCACCGCCUCAUAAAAGCAUGUGGGAGCUGAAACCGGAGUAUCGUGAUUAUGCCGUGCAAAAAUAA